ACCAUUAUCAAUGUCUAUCCGAUCUUGGUCCCUCCUACGUAGCCUUCUUCCUUUUAAAUCUCCUCUCUUGUUCCAAACCCAAAGACCCAUGAUUAUUCGUUUUCUGUUUUCUCUUGGUUUUUAAUGGAAGGCUCGCGGCGGAGAAGGGGAGAUGGGUGCACUGUCGUGGAGUGUUAUACCCCUCGGAGGGUCGUGGGUCGGUGGCUUUCUGGGUUGAGAAGUUCCAAAGGGAAGAGAGAUGCAGGGGAGCAACAAGAAGAUGAUACCAGAAGGUACCAAUUAGCGCCCAUAAGGUGUUCGACGAAACGCCUGAACCAGAGUAGAGAGCCGGAGGCUAAUACAUUUGAGUCACAAAGCAGAGAAGCACCUUUGGAAAUGGGAAUUGGUUCUUUUUUGUUCUAUCUUGUUGUUGCAAGUAAAACCGAGCUUGAUAAGAUGACAAACCUGCGAAUGCAAAUGGAGAUGUUUCUUCUUAAUGCAAAAGAAGAAUUACACAAGAAAGAACUACAGGUAAAUCCUUCUAUGUCUUCAAAUGAAGCAAGCGGUUACCAGUUUUCUCCUCAAGAAUUCUCGAAUUUGGCGUCAUCCAUUUUCCAAGAGUCAUCUUCGAGUGUUCUUCAAGAGGAGUACACCGAAUUCGAGGUCUCAAAACCGGAGGAUCAUCAUCGAGGAACAGACUGCCACUCAAAACUCCAGGCUGAGGUAGGUAGGUUACCUCUGGAUGAAAAAGCAGAGGAUAGACAUACAAAGCAUCAGAUUCAGAGACAAUGCAAACUUAAAGACAAUGAGGUCACGAAGAGUCAUAUACCAGAGAUGGUGGUGUCAGAUGAAAGAUAUGGAGUGUGUCCGUACGAACUAGAGAAAAAGCUGCAUGAACUACUGGAGACAAGGCAACAAGAAGAGUUAGUGAAGCUUGAGACUGCUCUGAAUCGUGUUGAACGCAGACUACAAGAGAAAGAAACCGAGGUUUUAUGGUGGAAAGACGCAGCCCGCCUGCUUGCCCAGCGUGUUCCUGAAUCUUCUCGGUCUGGACUAGAAUGGUGCAACCCAGACUCUUCCACAUGUUCAGAACGAUCUGUUCCAAGAUCUUAUGAAACAUGUUCGAAACACCGCACCAGUUUUUCUAGAUGAAAAUCCUUAAGUGGAAGAGUCUAGAUUUGCUGUUACAGCGUUUUGUCUGAAGAGUUCUUAAGCAUUUGUGUGAAGUUUACUUUUAGUUAAACUAGUUGCGGCUGUCUCUGUUUGAUGCAGUGUUAUACAUACCAUUACCACCUGAAAAUCAGUAUCCAGGUGUAGGAAUUGCACUGUAUCUGUAUCCAAUCAAGCUUCUUCUAAAAU